AUGGCAGUGAUAUUGACACCUCAGACUGAUACCUUGACCCAAGCCGAGCAACCCAGGUUUGACCAGUUCCUGUUGCCAGCUUGGCAUGCUAUUGGCGUUCUCGGACAAGCGACCAAGUUAGGUGCCAGACCUGUUGACCAAAACACGCAAGAAACCUCGAAUAAUAGACCGUGGAAUAAGGUUCCAAGCCUGCCCGAGAGCAUUGUCAGGCUUGUAACUGGCUAA